GCUAGUGACGACAGUUGUCCCAUCGAGACCUCCGAUGUUGGAAUAAAUUUGACAUUAUGAUAUUUGAUCCCGGUUCCAAUGACAAGUCCACGUAAACACAGGCGCGGUAUAAAGGCCGGGUACCCCCGCUGGAACAGAAAGUUGUUUACCCUUGACUCAAUUUACCUGCUCCGGACAUAACUGGGCACUUUACAUCCAAUCCGACGUACUUUACGUAAUAUAGCGGAGCGAAACGCAGGAGGAAGCAGCGGGCAGGUUUGCUUUUUUUUCUCUUAUUUUUCUUUUUUUCCUACCGGGGGGUUGACGAGUCGUGGGCCGGACGAGAGACGCUGCGCCGGCGACAGCGCACAUCACUCACAUGGAGAGGGACUCGUUAAAAAAAGGACUUAUACCCCAAAGUCUCUGAAAAGUUUAUUUCCCAUUACGUGUUUUAAAGCCAUCCAUCUAUCCCUCCACCCCACAUUGGUGACCCCUGGUGACGUCCGACAGGAAAGUGAAAGCCAAAAAUAGGAAAUUUCCAUUUAACAAACCCUCUGGGUAUCGUGUGGCUUGCGUCAUGGCAGCCAUUGAUCUGCAACGGGGCCUAGAACACAGUGGCCGGGGUUGGGGACAGGAGAGACCGGAGCUCGUGGACAGCUUUGACUCAGAGAUGCAGGAGUGGGAAGACCAACUGAAGGACAUGCAGAGAAAAAUAGAGGAGCUGUACAACGAGGUACAGGCCCGUAGAGGAGGAACAGACAUCGCUAUUGACAACCGGAAAAAUGGUGGGGGGAUGGAGUUCAGCCUGGGGCACCACGGCAAUGGUUUUUUUGAUGCGCCGGACUGUGGCAGCAAUGGCAGCAAACACCACCCUAGAGCUGUUGCUAUGCCAAAUCACCACAGCAACGGCUGUAACUAUGUCCCCAAUGGCUGCAGCCACCCUGUGAAUCAUCAGAACAGCUAUGGCUAUUGCCAUACCAGCGGAGUGUCGGAGAUUGGAGAUUUACUGCAGGAUUAUUUGGGCCAGAGCAAACAAAUGAGCCAGAAGAACAAUGGCGCUCCUCGACAUGUACACUUCAGUGACACAAUCAAAGUGAGCCAGGAUCUCCCUACCUACCAGGAUGAGAGCAAACGAAAGUCUGGAAAUAACAGGAUUGGUCAAGAGCAGUUUUUGGGCAGUUUUGAAGAAGAUGAAAACAGGAAGAACCAAAUCUCACGUAUGAAAGGUUCUCCCAAGCAAGAAAACACAGGUGGCAAGCCCCCAAUUAGACAGAGAGAUGCCCCGCGCUCAACCACCCAGCUCCCAGACUCUCCUGCUCUGGACAAGAAGUUCAGUCCAGCUGUCUUGGUUGACAGGAAGAACAACAGCCCAUCUGUGCUCAGAAAGUUUGGCGCCAUGCUCCAGGAAAAUGAGGGCAAAAUGCUUACUGAUGCCGGGGUGGUGACCCAUCAGGGAGUUGUAAGCAGAGCGCCCAUGCGCGUGCCUACCCAGAAGUGCCAAACAGAUUCUGAUGUGUUGACAGCAGAGAUGGAGCCCAGCCAAGAAUGGGGUGUGGCACUGGACUCUGGUAGACACAGCCAUAUGGAUCAGCGAGGAGGCUACAGCCUCUCUAAAGGACCCCAGCCUAGUCCCCAGCAGUCCCACAGGAGGGCCCAGGUAGUGGGCAGCCCUAAGCUCAGACCAAGGGCUAACAGCGGGUCAGACAGAGACAUGAGGCUGGGUCUAGGGGAAAGGACUAGGAGGCCUGCACCACAGCAUGUGGAGCCCAGAGCAGACCACAGGGCUUUGAAUGGUUCCUCUGGAGCUCCGAGGGUCCAGAGGGUUGGGUUGCCAUGUCAGUUAGACUUGCCAGGUUGUGGCCGAGAGAUGGAUGAUGGACUUAUAGAGCUUCUGGACAUGCUGGAGAUUCAGCAUGAAUACAGCUUGGGUCCUAGAGGUGGACACGCACCUUACAGACUGGAGCCACAUCUGGUAAACCCAGUUGAUUCAUCCCCAGCAAACUCUAGGAGGACAUUCUCUCGUCCUGCUCGGCCAGCAAACCAGCGACCCCCUUCCCGGUGGGCAAGCCGCACCCCUACCGGCAGGAUCACGGCCCCUUCAGGUCCGAUGUACCGCUCCCCAAGUCCACUGGCUCACCCCCCGAGCCCGAUGACACGAACCCCAAGUCCCGCCCUAAAGCACCAGUCUCGCAUCUCCUAUUCGCUUCACACUGAGACUGUCAUCAUGUGAGACCUUUCACUUUUCAUUGAUUCCUGUUUCCCUGUUGCUCCUUCCCCUGGACAAGUCCUCUUGUGCUCUCCAUACCACUGUCCCUCAGUGUAAAUACUACAAACUGUUCUUAAAAAAAAUAAGUGCUUUAAGAGAUAUUCUAAGAAAUGCCUUGCUUAAUAUGUAUGCUAUGUUCAAGAGAGAAAUCGUCUAAAACAUUCUCUGGUGUUGCUGUGGCUUUUUCAUUCUCCUGUGGUAAAACCUUGCAUCCACCUCAGCUUAUAUCUUUGUUUUUGUUUUUGUUUUCCUCUUCGACUGUUUAACCUUUUUUCUUUUUUUAUUGAAUUUCUCAAGUGAUUAUCUAUAAUGAGAUUAAGCAUGCCCUCCUAAUUUUAGGGUGCAUGUUUCUGUGAUAUACCUAAUCCUCAUAAUUGCCACGUUGAUUCAAUGGCUACCAGGAAGAGCAGUAAGAGUUGCACCUGUGCUCCCAGUAGCGAUAUUAACUGUCGAAAGUGUGUUUUAUCAUAUCAUAUUGUCAAAGUAACAUAUUUAAGAUUCUCAAAUAAACAUCAGUGAAAAAUGACUAUGAUACAACCUUUAUGUAUAUAUUUUUUUCUUGUUAAUAAACACAACAGUGCUUUGA